AUGAAACGGUUAUCCCGAUUGCUUGUUUUGAUACCAGCCAUCACACUGGUUUCGGCACAGACUGUUCCCGUAUAUGGACAAUGUGGUGGAAUCGGGUAUACAGGCUCUACCGUUUGCGCCGCCGGAAGUGCUUGUGUGGUUUCUAACGCGUACUACUCUCAAUGCAUACCUGGGGCUACCUCCAGCGUCUCUUCUGUUACAUCGACCCCGGGCUCUGGAACCACAACUGCGACAUCGACUUCAACCUCCCCUACAGCCACUGUUACUGGGUUUGUCAAAACUUCCGGAACACAUUUCACGUUAAACGGGAAUCCGUUCACUGUUGUUGGAGCUAACUCGUACUGGGUCGGGCUUAUGAACUACGACACCGCCGAUAUGAACACCGCGUUUGCGGAUAUUGCAGCUACAGGUGCGACGACGGUCAGGACGUGGGGAUUCAAUGAAGUCACUACACCCGAUGGCGUGGCGUAUUAUCAGAGCUGGUCUGGGUCGACACCCACCGUCAACACUGGUGCUAAUGGGCUGGAGAAUUUCGACAAUGUCGUUGCUAUUGCGAAGGCCCAUGGUCUAAGACUCAUAGUCACGCUGACUAACAACUGGUCUGAUUAUGGCGGUAUGGACGUGUACGUCAACCAAAUUCUUGGACAGGGAUCUCCGCAUGAUUACUUCUAUACAAACGCCACCGUCAUUGCCGCGUAUAAAAACUAUGUCAAGACUUUUGUCAGCCGCUACGUGAACGAGCCUGGCAUACUUGGAUGGGAACUGGCUAAUGAACCUAGAUGUCUCGGUUCAACGAGCGCUACUUCUGGAACUUGCACGAUCUCUACCAUCUCGACAUGGGCAGCCGAAAUCUCAGCCUUCAUAAAAACAAUUGAUACGAACCAUUUGGUGGCUAUUGGUGACGAGGGUUUCUUCAACGAUCCUGGAAACCCAAUUUAUGUAUACCAAGGAAGUCUUGGCAUCGACUUCGAUGCCAACCUCAACAUUAGCACCUUGGAUUUCGGGACGUUCCAUCUCUACCCUGACAGCUGGGGUGAACCCGAAAAUCCCUUCGGAACUCAAUGGAUUGAAGAUCACGCAACUGCCAUGUUAGCAUCUAACAAACCUGUUAUUCUGGAAGAAUUCGGGUCCACCAGUAAUCAAAGCGGCGUUUACGCUACAUGGUAUUCGACGGUCUUGAGCACUGGUCUCACUGGUGAUUUGAUCUGGCAAGCUGGUUCUGAUUUGACAAACGGACCAACGCCAAACGACGGAUAUGCAGUGUACCCUGGAAGUGAUGUAUAUGUGUUGGAUACCCAGCACGCAGCGGCAUUGAAGGCCAGAGAUGGGAGUGUUUGA